AUGCCACGCCGUGGCCACGACCUCGCCUCUUCCGAAACACACCGAGAUCUCCGGUCCCAACGACGCAGCAGGAACCGCCUCUCAAAGCAAUCCGCAAAAUACUACGGGUACCGCGGCGUGCAGCCGGGCUGGAUCGACCAAGAAUACCUCACCAUCACCAACGCUCCGAACAGUUUCGGAUUCGCAGGCAGCGCCCCGCUCAUCACCGCAGAUGCCGCCGCCGUCAAGGUAGCAACGUGGACAAAGCGCGACAUGUGGCUCGACCGCGACGUGGACAUCUGGCCGCUCGACGUGCGACACCACACGGGCAGGAAGAACCGGGAGAAAUACUUCUCAAAGUGGAACGAGUUGGCCAUCGGUCGGCGGAUGAAGCAGAGGUCCAGACGUCUGGACUUUGCGACCCAGGACGGCGAAUUGCUUGCCAUGGACGACGAUGUUGACAUGGACACGGUGUAUUGGGACUUUGAGGAGUUUUGGGGCGAUGAAAACCCCGAGGUUCGCAAUGAUCGAGACGAGAGGCCGCCCAGGUAUGUUGGACUUGAUGGGGAAUGUUACUCGGAAGAUCAAGGCAGGCCCGACGGGGUGCAGGUCGAUCCCGACGACGCUGAUGGGCCCUGGGAGAGGGAAUUCAUAGAGUUUUAUUGUGACGACAACACCGGCGAUGGAGAUGACUUCAGUGUCAUUUCCGAGCGAGAGGCGCUCGAUGCUUUGUCGUUGUUCUCGAUCGAAGAUGAUUAUGAGAUGGUUUGA